AAGGAAGGUGGUGGUUGCCAGUCGGAAGAAGCUUAUCCUCCUGAGCGGUGGAGAGCAGCAGCUGCAGCCAAGGAAACGGGAGACGGAGCAGAAUCUAGAGCAGAUUCUGAGAAAAGGACUAGAAGUCACUCACGGUAACCAAGAUGGAAAACAACACAGUGACCAUUUCCCGGGAAGAACUGGAAGAACUUCAGGAAGCAUUCAAUAAAAUAGAUGUCGACAACAGCGGAUACGUCAGUGACUACGAGCUCCAGGACCUCUUCAAAGAAGCCAGCCUCCCCCUGCCUGGUUACAAGGUGCGGGAGAUUGUGGAGAAGAUUCUGACCUUCGCCGACAACAACAAAGAUGGUAAAAUCAACUUUGAAGAAUUUGUGUCGGUAAUGCAGGAGCUGAAAAGCAAAGAAAUCUGUAAAUCGUUUCGAAAGUCAAUAAACAAAAAGGAGGGGAUCACCGCUAUCGGAGGGACCUCGGCCAUUUCCAGCGAGGGCACGCAGCAUUCUUACUCAGAGGAGGAAAAAGUGGCUUUUGUUCACUGGAUAAACAAAGCUCUGGAAGAAGAUCCCGACUGUAAGCACAUAAUCCCCAUGGACGCGAACGAUGCCAGCCUCUUCAGGUCACUGGCAGAUGGCAUCCUGCUCUGCAAGAUGAUCAACUUGUCCGAACCAGACACGAUCGACGAAAGGGCAAUUAACAAGAAGAAACUCACACCUUUCACCAUUUCUGAAAACCUGAAUCUGGCCCUGAAUUCGGCCUCCGCCAUUGGCUGUACGGUGGUCAAUAUCGGUGCCCAGGACCUGAAGGAGGGCAAACCUCACCUGGUUUUGGGCCUCCUGUGGCAGAUCAUUAAAGUCGGGCUGUUUGCUGACAUCGAGCUGUCCAGAAACGAAGCGUUGAUUGCUUUGCUAAAUGAGGGGGAAGAACUGGAGCAGCUAAUGAAACUCUCCCCAGAAGAGCUAUUACUCCGCUGGGUAAAUUAUCAUCUGGCUAAUGCCGGCUGGCAGAAAAUCAGUAAUUUCAGCCAGGACAUUAAGGAUUCCAGGGCCUACUUCCACCUGCUGAACCAGAUCGCCCCAAAAGGAGACAGAGGAGAUGAACGUGCCAUCCCGAUUGACAUGACCGGAUUUGGGGAGAGAAAUGACCUGAAGAGAGCCGAGUACAUGCUUCAGGAAGCCGACAAACUGGGCUGCAAGCAGUUCGUCACUCCAGCGGACGUGGUUUCGGGCAACCCGAAGCUCAAUCUGGCAUUUGUGGCUAAUCUGUUUAACACGUACCCGAGCCUGCACAAGCCCGACAACACCGACUUCGAUUCCCACUUACUCGAAGGAGAAAGCAAGGAGGAAAGGACCUUCAGGAACUGGAUGAAUUCUCUGGGUGUCAAUCCAUACAUUAACCACCUGUACAGUGACCUGGCAGAUGCACUGGUGUAUUUCCAGCUGUAUGAGAUGAUCCGGGUGCCGGUACAAUGGAGCCACGUCAACAAACCACCCUACCCGGCCCUUGGAGGGAACAUGAAAAAGAUCGAAAACUGUAAUUAUGCCGUGGAGCUUGGAAAGGAAAAGGCCAAGUUCUCCCUGGUCGGCAUAGCGGGGCAGGACCUAAACGAGGGGAAUACCACACUGACUCUGGCGCUGGUCUGGCAACUCAUGAGAAGGUACACUUUGAAUGUUCUUUCGGAUCUUGGAGAAGGUGAAAAAGUGAAUGAUGAAAUUAUUAUUAAAUGGGUGAAUCAGACUCUUGCAAGUGCAAACAAGAAAACUUCCAUUUCCAGCUUCAAGGACAGCACUAUUAGCACUAGUUUGCCGGUACUCGAUUUAAUCGACGCUAUUGCACCAAAUGCGGUUCGUCAGGAAAUGAUCAAGCGGGAAGAUCUUUCUAGCCAGGACAAGAUGAACAACGCUAAAUAUGCCAUUUCGGUUGCUCGCAAGAUCGGUGCCCGGAUAUACGCCCUCCCUGAUGACCUGGUAGAAGUGAAUCCAAAGAUGGUUAUGACAGUGUUUGCCUGCUUAAUGGGAAAAGGACUAAACAGAUUAAAAUAAUGAAAGUAUUUUUAUUUUCUGCCAUUUUAAACACACUGGAUGCCUCACAGUUUACAAAAUUCUGAAGUUUCGUGGGUAUAAAGCAAGAGAUUAUUUGUACGCACAAAUAGUCAUAAUAUUCUUUACUGAAAUUUAGUAUCUUAUUUAAUCUAGUUUGUCAACUAUAUCUGGAAAACAUGAUCAAUGUAAGAAUUGACCUGGAAAAUGUUUGUUACUGUGCUGAGAUUCCAAAAUCCUUAUGAAGUUAAACUUGGUUCAUUUUUCUUGAUAAUGCAAAAAGAUUACCAUGAUUCUACAUGUUUUUCAGGACAUGAAAAUGUGUUUGAUUAUUUUUGGUGUUGUUUCCUGUUAACACAUUAUUGCCAGCUGUCUUUCUCCUUCCUCCUAAUGCACAUAGUGCUCUUCUAAUUUACCUUACCCUGCUCUUAAAAAUGGCAGCGAUCAUUUUGUCUGCUAAAUAUCAACUUUUUACAGGAGAACUAACUCAUAAAUAGACCUCAUAGUUUGUAUUCUUGGAUAAACAGAAGUAACAUGCGGCUUAAGGGUUCCCCCUAAUUACGGUCUAUUCACUUUGGCACUCCGUCAUUUUCUAUAAAUAUGCAAUAGACGAUGUGGAAGGGGAUAGCAGAGUGCUGUUAUUAGAGAAUGGGCGUACGUAUUAUUUACACUUUGACUAUCUGGAGUUUUCGAAAACGGGACGCAAGAGAGUCGAAACAGUUGGGGCCUUGCGGUACGUGAAUGACGAUAUUUGUCUUAAACUCACAGCCGGGGUCUUUUUUCUUUCCCUGUAAUGGCAGUCAGGUAAAAUGGCCAACACACCCACAGCAUAUUUAUUGGGCCCUGGGUGGUGUAAUAAGAAUAAUUGCGGUGUUUGUUAAGCGCCAAGCACUGUUCUAUGCGCCGGGGUAGAUAGAAGAUAAUCACGGUGGACACUAUCCCCGUCUCGGAGGGGGCUCACAGUCUUAAUCCCCAUUUUACAGAUGAGGGAACCGAGGCCCAGAGAAGUGAGGUGACUUGUUCAAGUUCACAGAGCAGAGAAGUGGCAUCAGAACCCACGUCCUCUGACUCCCAGGCCCGUGCUCUUUCCACUAGGCCACGCAGCCAGGCACUGUCCCCAUUCGGUUUUAAGCGUGUCCGCGGGUAGUCACCUCCCUGUAAAGGAGGCGAUGUUAAGGGUCCUCGUCGAUGUCCCGCCUGGGUUAUUCUUGAGUGGGCAGUGUUGCUGUGGCUAGUGGCGAACUGAAAUCAUGCAUCUUUGGGAAAUGUAUCGGUAUGGAGGGGCCUGAGGCUGUCACAUGAAAUUCAGUCAUUCAAUCAGCCAGUCCAUCAAUUCCUGCCUCCAUUCACAGGUGAGGGCAAACACUUCAAAGAGGAGGAGAAAGCCGACUUGCCCUCAGUCAAUCAAUCGUAUUUAUUGAGCGUUUAUUGCUUACAGAGCACUGUACUAAGAGCUUUGAGAGAGCACACUCUAACAGUUGGUAGACAUUUCCUUCCCACAACAAGUUUCCAGUCUCCAUUCUUAUCGCCGUCUAAAGAUAAUCUGGUGGAGGUAGCAAAGAAGAAUGAUAACAUUAACUGGCCAAACAAUAGUAAAUGAAAUUAUUAGAUGAGGACAAGAUCACCUUUGUUCAAUAAUUUGGUUGGAAGCUAGGGUUGCUCUUUCACGAACGGAGGUUUGAAUUUGCUCCCCCUCUCUGAUGAUUUUGUGAGAUCAAUGUUACCAGUUCUUUUCUAGCCCCAUUAUUCAAUCAGUAAUAAAAGCGACGUGUUAAAACCUUGCAGGUUUGUUUUAAAAAAAAGAUUUAAUAAAGAUGCUGUGUAAAAAGAAA